AUGUCUGGGCCUUUGCCCGAGGCGUUCGAGGAUUCCAAUCCGGUACCCUGCGAGGGCCCCCCUCCACUCAAGUUUUCUGCGCCUCCUUUGACAGAAGGGGCCCCAGGGGCCCCCGGUCCCCUCCUUUGGGAGGCCCCCUACUCUUGCGGCAAUCCCGCAGUAGAGCGCAUAACUGGAAUUCUGAGAUAUCUUAUGGCUGCAGCGCCAAGGGCCCCCGGGGGUCCUGCGAGGGCCCCCAUGACGGGCACGGCUCAGGGGAUCUCUUCCGUAGGCAUGCCCGCCGCUUCCUCCCUUGGUGGACCUCUUGCGGGGGGCCCUUCAGCAAUUAGCAGACAGUGCAGCGGCGGCAAUGCGGGAGCUGGCAGCGCGGAUCCUGCUCUUGGCGUGCUGCCUCUUAAGGACUGUUUGCAGGGGGCCUCUGUAGGGCCCUCCCCCUGGGAUGCGACUCCUGACGAUUGCACGGUCGUGCUUGUAGCUCCCCGAGUGCCGACGUACGUGCCUCCUGCUGCCUUUUGCGAUCUUCUGCUGAGCAGCAGCUACCCCUUUCUGCAGGCUAAGGUGUUGCAAGGCCCCUCUCCUUCGGAGUACCUCAUGCUUUUGCAAGCCGAGCGGUCUGUGGCUCUCGGGGCCCUUCAGGCGCUGAAUGGGGUGUUCUUCGGGGGCCCCUUGGGCGCGUUCUGCGAGCUGCGGCUUGUCAGAGACGUCUCUCUCAAGAUACAAACCCGGAGAGAGGCCCCUGAGACUGAGCCAGCAAGACUGCAACGCAGACUCGCAGACUCCAGAACAAAGUCUCCUAGUGCGCCUCCUCGUCCAGUCACACUUGUGCCGAUUGGCUCUGCAAGGGCCCCUUCGAUGGGGGCCCCCACCGGUCUGCUCGGCGCGCGGGGCCCCCCCCCCCCAACCGCCGCUCCGUCUCUGGCGGGAAAGGAUAACCCCACUGCUGCCAGAACCGAAGUGGCAGCGACCAGCCCCCCUGCCACUUCAGAAGGCUUCCAUGCACGCGAAGCCUUCGUGAGCCCCUUACAGCUUCUCCCAUGCUAUGAUGCUCUUCACUUUUGCGCGGUCUGCCUUGAGCGGCUGACAGUCGCGGGGCCCCCCACGGCGGCAGCUGCUGGGGCCGCUGCAGCGGCUUCCUCGCCAACGCCACCUUCUCGAGGAGGCCCCCCGGGGGGGGGCCCCUCCGGGGGGCCCCUUGGGGCUGCCGGGGGGUCGCCCUGCGGCACGAGCGGGCAUCCUGGAGGGGGGGGCCCCCCCGUAGCGAGCGGAGCUGAAAGUGGGGGGUCCCCUGGGCCCUGCAGCGAUAUGCCACUGGCCGUACUCUGCGGCCACUCAUUUCACGUCUCUUGCUUGAGGAAGUGGCGAGACGUCUCUUGCCCUGUUUGUCGAUACCAGCAGCAUCCCCUGCAGCCUUCCUGCUGCUCCGUAUGCGGCGAGACGGAAGGCAUCAUGGUGUGCCUUGUAUGCGGGUUCUCGGGCUGCGGGGGCCCCCAACGGGGGGCCUCACAGACCCCCUCCCCUGUCGGCGACACAGUUCCAGUAUUCCAGGAAGCAGCGAACGCGGGUGCCUCCGCAGCCGUCCAUGGGGAAGGAGGGCCCCAGAGAGAACUCCGCAAGACGUGUCACGCUUUCUCGCAUUUUCUGGAGAUGUCGCACGCCCACGCCUUAGAGGUGAGCAGACAAGCGAGGCCCCCUGCUCUGUUUUCGGCGUCUUCUUAG